GGGCUGGAGCCAAGGAAACGUUCCUUCACAUUACGUUAGGCAGCAGAAGCAAUUUCAAAAUAAAACUGUAGCGAGUACAUCGAUUCCAGGCGCCUGUUGGGAGGCUGCUUCCUCUGACCCAGACUGGCUGGCCUCAAAGGGCCGAAGCAGCGGAACGUUGCUAGUCGCCGACUCCACAAAGCCCAGGCAAACCGCCAGGAAGCGGGGCACAUGCACCACCGCCGCUCCGCGCGGGGAUCCUGGGCGGGCCGCCUGGCACCCGACAGACUGGCCCCCCCGGGCCUUAAGCAAGAAGCUUAGGGGGGGCAACGCCCGGAUGCAGCGGCUCAUUGCCGCCCCGCAGCCCAGCUCACGGACCCUCCCCUUGCUCAGGCCCGGGGGCUCCAGCGCCUGCCGGGCCCCGCACGUGCCACAGCUCGCGCAGGAUCCCGGCCAGUCGCCCACGCCCUGCGCGCGCGAGGGAGGGAGGGAGGGGCGGGGCCGCGGAGGACUUUGCCAGGACCUCGUCUGUCGCAAAUCGUGUGCCUCGUCCCAACGCGAGCACACUGCACGUGCGCCGGGUGGGGCUGGGAGGGGGCACGAGACGCGGGAGCGUUGUCUGUCCUCGCGCACCGACCCCGUUGUGAGGCGCGCGAGCCCGAGCCGGGUGGAACGGCACAGAGCGGCGAAUCGUGUUAAUUCCGUCUCGCCUCUUGACGCGUCACACGCGUGCGCGACUCGAGCUCCCGAUGUCCGCGUCCUCCCAGCGGGCAGGAGGCGAGAUCUCGCGAGGUUUCGACCUGGCGAGGGCGGCGCGGGGCCGGGGAGCCUCUCUCGGCUCGUUGGCGCUGAGUUGGUAGAACAAUAGGCGCGUCCGCGGCGGCCAGCGCGUGCAGGGAGAAGAGAUAUUUUAAAUAUUAUUAGUGGAUGAUGGGACAUUUCUCUUGCAUAACCUUGUAAUGUCCAACAAUACACUCAUCUGGUGGUGGCGUAACUACCUCAUUCAUUACAAGUCUGCGGCUGUAAAAUGAUCCUGCUCUGAGCACAUCCAUUCAUUGUUACACCAUCUGGAUUCAAGGGCUACUUUGUAGAGGAAUGUGGGCCACUAAACACAUGUGUAGCAUCCAAAGGCAAUGGCCUUCAUUGAAAGAGCAUGGACUGCAUGGUAGCAUAUUUUUAAAAAUUCACCAGUUUUGGACGGGUGUUCUGGGUUGCUGCCAUGUAAGAGCCACACAUGUUAAAUCCACAUAUAAAGUACAGAAUGAAUGGCUGAUAAUGGACAUGGCAACCGCUGUUGGUGCUAAGAAAGUUAAAACAGCCUAUGGGAAAGGGCCCAAAGCAACAUAUGAUGAAAGACAACUCAUGAUGGAAGCAAAAAUGAAACAUCUCAACCUGUCAUUUGCAGCUUGUGGGUUUCUGGGUAUAUACCACUUGGGGGCAGCAUCUGCUCUUUGCAGGCAUGGUAAGAAGUUACUGAAGGUUGUGAAGGCUUUUGCAGGAGCUUCUGCAGGAUCACUGGUUGCCACAGUUCUGUUAACAAUGCCAGAAAACAUAGAGGAAUGCGAAGUGUUUACCUAUAACUUUGCAGAGGAAAUUAGAAAACUGUACUUUGGUGCAGUGACACCAGGUUAUGAUUUCAUGACACGACUUAGGGCAGGUAUAGAGUCUUUUCUUCCUUCUAAUGCUCAUGAGAUAGCAGAGAAUCGUCUCUAUGUAUCAAUCACCAACACUAAAAAUGGAAAAAAUUAUUUGGUUUCAAAUUUUUCCUCCAGGGAGGACCUCAUUAAGGUCCUCCUAGCCAGCAGUUUUGUGCCAGUGUAUGCAGGAAUUAAAGCAGUGGAAUAUAAAGGAGAGAAAUGGAUUGAUGGUGGCCUUACCAAUGGCCUCCCUAUUCUGCCUGUGGGACGAACAGUCACUGUUUCUCCUUUCAGUGGUCGAUUAGAUAUCUGUCCACAAGACAAAGGACAUGUAGAUCUCUAUAUUAAAGUUGCAAAGCAAGACUUAAUGAAAGGCAUCCAGGCUUUAUCUGAAGACCUCCAGAGAUAGAAAAUCCACCACUUCCCUUGGUAUUUAGUUCCAGUGGUUAAUCACCCUCACUGUUAACAACGUAUGCCUAAUUUCUAAUUUGAAUUUGUCUGACUUCAGCUUCCAACCACUGGUUCUUGUUGUGCCUUACUCCACUAGACUGCAGGGCCCUUUAGUACCCAGUAUUUUCUCUCUACGUUUAUGCGCUGUAAUGAUGUCACCUCUCAAUCUUAUUUUUGAUGAAUUAACCAGCUUAAGCUUGUUUAGUCUCUCACUGUAAAGCAUUUUCUCAAGCCGUCAUAAAUUUUGUGGCUCUUCUGUGCACACAUCCUUUUCAAAAUGUGGACACAAGAAUUGUAUGCCGUAUUCCACUAUCUCUUGCAUCAGUGCUGUAUACAGAGGUAAAACCUGUUUAUACAUCCAAGGAUCACAUAAACCCUUUUUGCCACAGCAUGCCACUGGGAGCUCAUGUUGAGUUGUUUGUUCUCUCUGACACCUAUAUUCUUUUCAUACUCACUGAUUUCCAGGACACAGUCCCCAAUUCUGUAGGUAUAGCCUUGUUCCUGGUUCUUUGUUCCUAGGUUCCUUGCAUUUGGCUGUAUUAAAACACAUUUGGUUUGAAUGGACCCACUUACCAAGAGAUCCAGAUUGUUCUAUAUAAUUGCCAUUUUCCUCAUUAUUUACCACCCGGGCAGUUUUAGUGUUAUAUGCAAAUUUUAUCAGCAGUGAUUUUAUAUUUACCUCCAGCUCAUUGAUGAAAAGUUGAAUAGCGUCUGGACUAGUGCUUAUCCCUGCAGAACUUCACUAGAAACAUCCCAUUCAACAUGAAUUCCCCAUUGGCAACUAUUUUAUGAGAUAUAUGUCAGUUAGCCAGUUCUUAAUGUAUUUAAUGUGUGCUUUAUUGAUAGUUUGUGGUGCUAAUUUUUAAUCAGAAUGUGGGGCGGUAUUAAGUCAAACACAUUACAAGUCGAAAUGUAUUAGGUCUAUGCAGUUAACUUUAUCAACCAAACUUGUAAGCUCCUCGAAGAAUGAAGUCAGCUUUGUUUAAUAAGACAUACUUUCUAUAAAA